UUAUUAUUCUUUGUGUUUAGUUGACCGUUGUAUUAUUUGUGCCUCAUCGUGUUGUUUUUCUGUUUGUUUGUUUUUAACCCCUCAGAAACAGACCCCAAAGUUGUAGAACUUUUGAAAGCUUCAUUUGACUGCUACAGGUACCAGGUGGUCAGCUCCAGCACAGCGGUGGCUAUGAGGGGACCUAACACCCAGCGCUCAUCCUGCCUUUGGCACCUCAGGGCCCCGCAAGGUUCCAGCACCCAGAGUUUCAGACUGGAGCUGAGGAUGGAGUGGCUGCUACCAGAGUGUAGAGAUAGACUGGCUGUCUAUGAUGGUUUAACACCUACUGAUACUCACCUCAUCACCUCUCUGUAUGGCUGCAGCAGACAAGAGCGUGUUGUUCAUGUGUUGUCAUCAGGAGAGUGGAUGACAGUGGUCUGGAAACAGGGUCUCUACAACUACAAAGACCCCUUCUCCCUGUCUGCACAGGCCUGGACCACUGAAAUGUGUUCCUCCAACAUAGAGCUGCAGCCAGUAUCAGGGGUACAGGGUAGUCUACGUACCCCCUUCUAUCCCAGCUACUACCCACCAGACACCAACUGUACCUGGACAUUCACUGUGCCCUCUGCAGACUAUGGACUAUCACUGGAGUAUGAAGGUUAUGAGCUGAGCAGGGCCAACUAUAACCAGGCCUGUACACAAGGACAGUGGAUGGUACAGAACCGCAGGUUCUGUGGGACGAGAGGUCUCCAGCCGUAUGCUGAGCGCCUCUACCUUCUCUCCACGGCAACCAGAGUUGUCAUGACGUCCGAGGUGUCAAUCACAGGGCCUGGACUCCAGGUCCACUACAGCCUUUUCAACCAAUCAGAUCCCUGUCCUGGUCAGUUCCUGUGUACUCUAAAUGGUCUGUGUGUUCCAUCCUGUGACGGCAUCAAAGACUGCCCCAACGGACUGGACGAGAGGAACUGUGUGUGUACAGCCCAGUACCAGUGUCCAGAGGACAGUCAGUGUGUUGACUACUUCAAGGUGUGUGACCAGCACCCAGACUGCCUUGAGGCCAUGGAUGAAGAGAACUGCACAGAGGGUGUACAGUGUACAGACAGGACGUAUGUCUGUGCUGACGGGACGUGUCUGAAGAAGCCCAAUCCAGAGUGUGACUUCAUCACCGACUGUCCUGAUGCCUCCGAUGAGAGACACUGUGACUGUGGUCUGAGGCAAUUCACCAGUCGCGUUGUGGGAGGAGUCAACGCUACUGAAGGGGAGUGGCCAUGGCAGGUCAGCCUUCAGAUCAGUGGACGUCAUGUCUGUGGGGGGGCUCUGGUCUCCAGCCAAUGGGUGGUGUCCGCUGCCCACUGUUUCUAUGAUGACCGUCUCUCUCCCAGAGCGUGGACGGUCUACCUAGGUAAGUUCCUAUUGAACCGCAGCAGUCAGAUGGAGGAUGCCAUUCGGGUGCAACAGAUCCUCCUGCACCAGUACUACGAUGACGAGACACACGAUUAUGACUUGGCUUUGCUGCGACUGGAGAGACCUGCAGCCCCAGGCACCCUGGCCCAGCCCGCCUGCCUGCCGUCACCUACACACCAGCAAGAACCUGAGCUACUCUGUUGGGUCACGGGCUGGGGGGCGCUACGUGAAGGAGGCACUCCCAGUAACGUGCUGCAGAAGGUGGACGUGCGUCUGGUGAGCGAGGAGGCCUGCUUCCGUUCCUACGGUUACAUGGUCACUCCCAGGAUGUUGUGUGCCGGCUACCGCAGCGGAGAGAAGGAUGCCUGUCAGGGUGACUCGGGAGUCCGUUGGUCUGCCAGGAGAAGUGGUUGGUUCCUAGCGGGCGUGGUCAGCUGGGGAAAGGGGUGUGGCCGGGCCGUCUACGGCGUCUACACCCGCGUCACCAAACUCACCGGCUGGAUCAAAGAACACAUCUCUGGACCUGUAUAUUUAGAUGUCCGUCAGGGUUUUAACAGUGUCAUUGACCUUCUGGCAGAGCUGCUUAUAUUUGUCCUGUUUCAUACAUGUACACGUGUGGAGGCCAGUAGGAAUGUGUUUCAUCCCCCUGAGACCCUCUCAGACAGUGAGGUUACAGAUCAGCCACGUGUGGAGGCCAGUAGGAGUGUGUUUCAUCCCCCUGAGACCCUCUCAGACAGUGAGGUUACAGAUCAGCCACGUGUGGAGGCCAGUAGGAAUGUGUUUAAUCCCCCUGAGACCCUCUCAGACAGUGAGGUUACAGAUCAGCCACGUGUGGAGGGCAGUAGGAGUGUGUUUCAUCCCCCUGAGACCCUCUCAGACAGUGAGGUUACAGAUCAGCCACGUGUGGAGGCCAGUAGGAGUGUGUUUCAUCCCCCUGAGACCCUCACAGACAGUGAGGUUACAGAUCAGCCACGUGUGGAGGCCAGUAGGAAUGUGUUUCAUCCCCCUGAGACCCUCUCAGACAGUGAGGUUACAGAUCAGCCACGUGUGGAGGCCAGUAGGAAUGUGUUUCAUCCCCCUGAGACCCUCUCAGACAGUGAGGUUACAGAUCAGCCACGUGUGGAGGCCAGUAGGAGUGUGUUUCAUCCCCCUGAGACCCUCACAGACAGUGAGGUUACAGAUCAGCCACGUGUGGAGGGCAGUAGGAGUGUGUUUCAUCCCCCUGAGACCCUCUCAGACAGUGAGGUUACAGAUCAGCCACGUGUGGAGGCCAGUAGGAGUGUGUUUCAUCCCCCUGAGACCCUCACAGACAGUGAGGUUACAGAUCAGCCACGUGUGGAGGCCAGUAGGAGUGUGUUUCAUCCCCCUGAGACCCUCUCAGACAGUGAGGUUACAGAUCAGCCACGUGUGGAGGCCAGUAGGAAUGUGUUUCAUCCCCCUGAGACCCUCUCAGACAGUGAGGUUACAGAUCAGCCACGUGUGGAGGCCAGUAGGAAUGUGUUUCAUCCCCCUGAGACCCUCUCAGACAGUGAGGUUACAGAUCAGCCACGUGUGGAGGCCAGUAGGAAUGUGUUUCAUCCCCCUGAGACCCUCACAGACAGUGAGGUUACAGAUCAGCCACGUGUGGAGGCCAGUAGGAAUGUGUUUCAUCCCCCUGAGACCCUCACAGACAGUGAGGUUACAGAUCAGCCACGUGUGGAGGCCAGUAGGAAUGUGUUUCAUCCCCCUGAGACCCUCUCAGACAGUGAGGUUACAGAUCAGCCACGUGUGGAGGCCAGUAGGAGUGUGUUUCAUCCCCCUGAGACCCUCUCAGACAGUGAGGUUACAGAUCAGCCACGUGUGGAGGCCAGUAGGAAUGUGUUUCAUCCCCCUGAGACCCUCACAGACAGUGAGGUUACAGAUCAGCCACGUGUGGAGGCCAGUAGGAAUGUGUUUCAUCCCCCUGAGACCCUCACAGACAGUGAGGUUACAGAUCAGCCACGUGUGGAGGCCAGUAGGAGUGUGUUUCAUCCCCCUGAGACCCUCACAGACAGUGAGGUUACAGAUCAGCCACGUGUGGAGGCCAGUAGGAAUGUGUUUCAUCCCCCUGAGACCCUCACAGACAGUGAGGUUACAGAUCAGCCACGUGUGGAGGCCAGUAGGAAUGUGUUUCAUCCCCCUGAGACCCUCACAGACAGUGAGGUUACAGAUCAGCCACGUGUGGAGGCCAGUAGGAAUGUGUUUCAUCCCCCUGAGACCCUCACAGACAGUGAGGUUACAGAUCAGCCACGUGUGGAGGUCAGUAGGAAUGUGUUUCAUCCCCCUGAGACCCUCUCAGACAGUGAGGUUACAGAUCAGCCACACCUAGGCUACCCGCCACACUAA